AUGGCGAUCUUUGUGAGUAAAAGGUUGCUGAGAUUUGGCCUCUUGGCGGGGGUUUGCGUGGCUUUGGUCUUGUUUCUGACUUCGUCCAGCCAAACGGACCAGAGUUCGCUAAGUGAUCUAAUCCCAAGUAUGCCUAAAUGGAGUUCUCCUAGUUUGUUUGGCGGGAGCCAGAGCGACUCCCCACUGACUGCUGAGGAGAAAGAUGCGGAGAAAUUGAGGGAAGAGACUGAGAAGGCCCUUUUGGAGAACCAUGCUGAUCCGAAUGCCGUUCCACUUGACGAGCAGACAAUGGACCAGGGUGCUAAAGCCUUGAAAGACGCAGCCGAGAACCUGGGGGAAGCUGGGAAGGCUGAAGCUUUGAAAGACCCUGCCGCAGACUCAAAAAAACCGGAGGCAAUCGCUAAUCCCAACAAUGAUCCGGCUAGGGACAUGGAGACCGAUCCUGCGGCUAAAUCAAAGGCUUUGGGUUCGACCUGGGAAUUCAUGGCGCCAUCUUACGCCAAGAAAGGUCAGAGGCCAAAGGCGUGUUUCGUCUCAUUGGUUAGAAACAGCGAGCUAAGCGAAAUAUUGCCUUCGAUCAAGGAUGUCGAGAGAAGAUUUAAUAGCAAGUAUCAUUAUCCAUGGGUUUUCCUCAACGAUGAGCCUUUCACAGAUCAUUUCAAGCUAAAAGUCACCGAAGCCGUUAGUGGUGAAAUCGAAUUCGGCUUAGUCCCAAAAGAGCACUGGUCGUACCCAAAUUUUGUUGACCAGGAGAAGGCUGCCGAAGAGAGAAAGAAAAUGGAGGAGGAAGGAGUCAUCUACGGUGGUAUGGAGUCUUACAGGCAUAUGUGCCGUUUCCAGUCAGGAUUUUUCUGGAGACAAAAGGCGCUGGACAAGUUCGACUGGUACUGGCGUGUGGAGCCAAGCACCAAGCUGUAUUGCGACAUUAACUACGACGUUUUCCAGUGGAUGCAGGACAACGAAAAGGUCUACGGUUUCACCAUUACGAUCCACGAGUAUGAGAGAACUAUUAGAACCCUAUGGUCAACUGUCAAGAAGUUCCUGAACAAGUACCCUAGCGUUAUCAGUAAGGAUAACCUAAUGAAGUUCAUUUCGGGCGACCGUGGUAAAACCUACAACCUGUGCCAUUUCUGGUCCAACUUUGAGAUCGCCAACUUGAAUUUCUGGAGAUCGCCGGCCUACAGGGAAUAUUUCAAUUAUUUGGACCAGACAGGCGGUUUCUUCUAUGAGCGUUGGGGCGACGCUCCAGUGCAUUCUAUCGCCGCGUCUCUAUUCUUGCCUAGAGAUAAGCUGCAUUAUUUCUCAGACAUCGGCUAUCACCACAUUCCAUAUGAUAACUGUCCCUUAGAUGACACUGUCUUCACGGAAAACAAAUGUGACUGCGAUCGUAACAACGACUUUACGUUCCAGAGCUACUCCUGUGGUGUUGAAUAUUAUGAUGCACAAGGUAUGAAGAAGCCCCAAGGUUGGGAAAAGUACCGUCAAUAG